CGCCGGGAAGUGCCGGACCUUCGCCGAGACUUUGCGGGCGCUUUCACCCCGCGAAUGGCUCCUUCCUGAUCCUCGGUCCUUCCGGAUGCGGAACUCACGCGACGAGUCUCCGCACUCCGCCUUCGUCCCGAGGCCCCGGGAGGAAGACCCCAGGUUCCCGGGCCCGUUUACACCGGGAGACGGAGGCCCCGAGUGCGACCGUUAGCCCGCGGUCGUCCAUCCCGGCCGGCAGCGUCGCGGAUGGACUCCCCGCAGGCGAGCCGAGGGUCCCGGCCCUCAUGAUCGCGGAGGUGCCCUGGGCCUUCGCCUACACGAGUCUGGGGCCCUAGUUGUCACUUUCCCGAAGCGUCCUGAACCCCAGCCAGAGGUUAUAUGGCAGGACCUCAUCUCUGGACGCCAGUGGGAUAAGGCCUGGAAGGGUGUCCUGGAGUUGCCGGAGAAUGUCAUAGAUUCUCUUGUGGUGACCUGAGGAAAGAAUCCAAACGCGCACACAUGGAGAAGUUCAAGCGGGAGCCCAUCUUUUGGCCCCCUGGCUCAGCUGUCCCAUCGUUGCAGAGCCCAGUGACCUUUGAGGAUGUGGCUGUGUACUUCUCCAAGGAGGAGUGGGGUCUCCUUGAUGAGGUUCAGAGGCAUCUGUACCAAGAUGUGAUGCUGGAAAUCUUUGAGCUCAUGACCUCACUUGGUUGUUGGCAUAAAGCAGAUGAUGAGGAGGCCUGUCCCAAGCAGAAUGCUUCUAUAGAAGGGGUGUGCCAGGUCAGGAUCCCCAAUACACAUCCUUCCACCCAGAAGACUGAUUCCUGUGACAUGUGUGGUCCAUUCAUGAAAGACAUUUUACACCUAGAUGAACAUCAAGGAACACAUCCUGAGGAGAUCCCCUACACAUGUGGAGCAUGUGGAAGAGGGUUUUGGUUCAAUGUAAACUUCUUCCAGCACCAGAAGGAGCCCAGUGGAGAGAAGCCCUUCAGAUGGGACAAGGACAGGGACUUGUUUGUGAAGAGCUCUAUAGUGUACCUGUCAGAGAAGCCCUUCACUUGCAGGGAAGGUGGUAAGGAUGUCUCAGACAGCCAUGACCUCCUCCAGCACCCAGCCAUCAACAGCAGCGGGAAGUCACAUAGGAACACAGAGUGCAGGGAGGCCUUCCCACACAGUUCCAGCCUUGAGCAGCUCCUAAAAGUCCAUACCACACAUAAGCUCCUCAAGUGCAAUGACUGUGGCAAAGCCUUCCAGGAGAUCUCAGCCUUCCUCAACCACCUGAGAAUGCACUCUGAAGAGACACCAUUUAGAUGCCCAACACUUGUAAAUUCCUUAGAGGAGAAAUCAACCCUUGUUAAUUACCAAAAAUUUCACACUGGAGAAACAUCACAUGUGUGUAAAGUGAAGGCCUUUAGUUACCCAUCUAAGCUGAGGAAGCACCAGCAAUUUCACACUGGAGUAAAAUACUAUGAGUGUAGUGACUGUGGGAAAACCUUCAGCCACAAACUCACACUUGUCCAUCACCAGAGAAUUCACACAGNACAGCCUCACGAGUGA